CUGACGUCUGUAAGGAUAUAUAUAUUCCUCAAAAGUCUGCACAUCACCUUCGCAUUUGUAUUCCUUUGCAAGACUCACACCUAGUCCUUCGCUCGACCACAACCACGACCACGACUACGUAACCCUCGUCUACGUUUCCGACUUCCAAUACCAAAGCACCUCCAGCAUUAUCAUCACAAACUCCUCCACUGUAGUCAUGGCGGAAUUGACCAUGGCAGACCUAAAACCUUACCCGGGCAACUACCAGUCAUCAAGAGAAGUAUUCGACGUACUUAUCGGCGAGGACGCCGCCCUCCCUCUCAUUGAGGCACUCUCCUCGAGCGACAACACAACACUACGAAACAUGCUUUCGCAGCCACAGUGGAUUAAGAUUGCGCUUGAAGAGCCGCAUUGCAUUUAUAACCAAGACCGCCCAAUCGAUGAUAAGAACCAUGUGCGAACCGUAAUGGCGAUGCCACUGUCGAACCUCGUACGGGCAAUAAUUAUAGCAGCUAGGGACGGCCACGCUGCAGCUGUUUCGACGUUACUCAGCUUCGCGUCGCAGCAAGGCAUAAAACCUAUGUCUGUUAUAAUGAGGUGGGCAGUCGAUAGGGCCAUUAAUAAUGGACACGCCGCUGUAUUCGAGGCAAUGAUACCUAUGGACCCAAAAGUCGUCACUUUUCCACUCGGUCACGGCAAUCUGCCACUUGUUCAAGCUAUAAAGCGAAGGAAAACCGAAGUAGUCGUUGUACUUCUUCAGCAUGGUGCAAAUCCGAUACGUACUGAUAAAGUUAUGAGCUAUGGUUCGUCUCUUCUGUCUUUCGCCGCCAGGGCUGAAGGUACUCGCAUGACCGAAUUGCUAUUGAAGCACGGUGUCUCCGUCGCUUGUUCUGGCGCAUUACAUACCGCUGCAAAUCGUGGCGCUCUCGACACCAUGCGCCUCCUAAUGCAGCACGGCGCUGACGCGAACGAGCUACAUCCGGCAGACACUCUAUCGCAAUUCUAUAAACCCCUAUAUCCUAGCUGGACGCCAAUGCAUUUCGCCGCUUCUGGUGGCCAAGUCGACGCCAUGAAGCUGUUAGAGAGUAACGGAGCGCGCUCUGAUGUGAAGGAUCUGAAUGGAAAAACCCCUGCGCAACUGCUAGAGGAAUACAAGCCAUAGCACUCGCUUAUAGCAGGCAACGCCCUUAUUGAAAUGAUGACGCCGAUGUUUGAGCCUAAAGAAAAUGGCACAUUUGACUCUAUGUCAGUAGAAACGAGUCUGGAAGUGGAGGAAUGCCAGGUGAUUUGGAUCAUAUGACCACAGUUGCCCUCGCUUAGUGACUUUGUACACUACAGUACUCUCCCCCCCCUAAUUAAAUGUAAAGAGGGUGGAAGCAUCGGCUUGGACGCCUGUACGUAGAUCAUAUGUCGCCGUGCUGUUGCCAUAGAGGCUUUUUACACCUAAAAGUUUAAG